AUGCGCCGCGUGUUUUCUUCAGCGCCAAGGCGGUACGUGCGCCAUGCCUCGUACGCGGCUGGUCUUUUCAACUUUCGCGUCGUUCCCGAAGAGCUCUUCCCGUAUCCCUCCCGGCAGCUGGACAGCGACGAGUCCGAAACUGUGCAGGCGGUCAUUGAGCAGAUCCGUAGCAGCGACAAGGACCUGAAUCUCGCAGGCGCUCGAAUCGCUACUGAGUACGGCGGACUGGGGCUAGGGCACACAACCCACGCUCUCGUCUGCGAGGAGGUGGGCACCAGCGGGGACAGCAAGCUGCUGCAGACGAUUCAGCACUGCGGCUUCGCGUCCUAUUUGCUGUCCACCGUAGGAUCGAAGGAAGUGAAAGGGAAGUAUCUUACCGGGAUGUCCGAUGGGAAGAUCAUGAUGGGAUGGGCCACGCGGGAGAGCUGUGGCAAUGACAUUAGCAUGAACACUACCAAGGCUACGCUCACAAGCGACGGCAGGUACGUACUCACAGGGUGCAAACGAUGCGAGUUCGCUGAGGGUGCGACACACUAUCUGGUACUGGCCAAGGCGCUGACGCAGACCGCGACGGAGGCGGGGCCGAUGGAGGUUUCGCGGAACACCUUCUUUAUCUUGGAGAAGAGGGCAAAAGGGGUGAGCGUGAGUGGGGGAACUGUUAGCUUUGAAGACACUCCCGUUGCUGACGUAGUUGGCGUAGUUGGGGAAGGGUUCAAGGAUCGUAUGAUCACGUUGUUCACUGAGCAGUACGUCUACGCGGCCACGCUUCUCGGCAUUUCGAAGCGGGUCGUGCAAGAACUGCGGGACAGUGUACCGGAACAAUGGGCUGCUGACACGGUCGCGUCGUGCGCGUGCAUCAUGUACGCCAUGGAGUCCUCUCUCUACGCUUUAACUGCCAACCUCGAUUUGCCCACCGAAGACAGCUUGCUGGAGGCGGCUCUGGUAAGUGUAUUCGUGCAGAGCAGCACGAACGAGUGGCUCAGCAUUCUGUCGACAGCAACCCCCAUGAGCGAGGUGCUGGAAAAGUGCUUUGCAAACGCGCGUCUUCUGUUGUCCAUGAUGGAGUCCACAGAUUUUCUCUACUCAUCCGCCGUCUGCUGCGGAGUUGAGGACUACGGUCUUGUCUUUCAGCGGACGUCUACGUUGCAGAUGGUGCAGCUUCGGACAAUGCGGUCGAUGGGCAUGAAAGAUCGCGUGCCGGUGCGGGAACUGGACUGCUCAGCCAUCGAUUCUGCUGUGGUUGCCUUUGGUAACGCUGUGGAGGCCACCUUUGUCCGUAAUGGCUCACAGGUGCCUCAGCAACAGCUCAUCAUUAACCGCCUUGGUGAGGCAGCGUCCUUGCUCUACGCCGCCUCUGCGAGUGCGUCGCGCGCAGCCAUGUGUCAGAGCAAGCGCCUGCCAACUGCGAAAACUGAAAAGGAGCUGGCAAGUGCUUUUAUCGCCAUGGCCACCAACCGCGCGAUUCAGCUCUCUGAGGAGUCCUACAACAUUGGAAUGACCGCAGAUGACUCCUACAAGCGGAUUGCGGUGGGGAUGUGUGAUGAGGCGUUGCGGUCGUAG